AGAGAGAGAGAGAGAGAUGACUUCCAACCUAGGGGUUCUCUCUCACUACCUGUUUGUCCUCCUCUUCAUAACUUGUCUCUCCAAUGGGCUAAGUUCAGGUCAUCAGGCUAUGUUGAACGAGUCGGAGGCCAUGAAGCCUGUGGCUGUGCCGGGGCUCGGGUCUUUGGUGCUGAAUGAGACCAGAAGGAGGCUUGGGAGCUUCCAAAUAUGUGCUCUCUGUACCUGCUGUGGUGGUCCUAAAGGGCUCUGCCUCCCUUCUCCCUGCUGCUACGCCAUCAAUUGCAACAUACCUAACAGACCCUUUGGCUUCUGCUCCUUUACACCCAAGGCUUGCAACUGCUUUGGAUGCCAUUACUGAUCCAUUUGUUCUCCAUCUUGUUUAUGUCUUCAGUCCUCUAUUUGCUUGUUCUUUAUGUUGGGAGUGUAAGCGGGGGGUAAGAAAGAAUGACUGCUCCCCCUCCCCAUAGUUUAUUGGCAUUGUUCUUCUGUUGGUGGCAGUGCAAGAGUAUUUUGUGAACAAUAUAUUAUUAUAAGAAGUGGACAUGUUGUAGUGGCUUGAUCAUUAUAAUGACCACCCUUCUAUGUUGGGGCCAGGGUUCUUGUGCUCAUAGCUAGGUUUAUUUUUGGGUUUAAGGCUAGUAGUGGUGUCUGUGGAUUUAUCAGAUAUUGAUGUAUGGAUUUUUACUUUCA